ACUCUGCUGCACCACCUGAUGAUCUCUGCUGUCUGAACCCCAGCGUCCUUCCCUCUGCGUUAACGGGUCGUUAUUUAGAUUCAACUCUUCUCAUAUGGAGAGAAGCGCCGCCAGAAGAGACACAUUUUCACGUCUUUUAGUGUGUGAGUUAAUCGCGUCCUCGAUGUGUUAAAACGAUGUCUCCCUGUGCGUAAAAUGCCGCGCUUAGUGCGUCCUGGCGCGGACGAUUCCUUGGAAAAUGUGCGGUGUCAGUCGCGCUUCCUUCACGCCCCACUGCUGUGGAUCGGUGCUGAGCAGGAGUGGCAUCUCGGCGACAAAAUCUGGAUGAAAGAGCGUCCUUUAGAGCUCAGGCAUGCAUCGAGUAGUGAGAUCAUUGGCGUUAUAAAUAUCCCCGUGCCAGCAGAACUACUCCAGCUACUGCAGCCGGGGUAAUGCCCAGGAGCGCUGCAUGCGUGUGUGCGCGCGGUUCGUGGUGCCCAGACCUCAGGAGCGACACCAAAAUGCUGGAAGUGGCCUAGCGAGUGUCUCCUUUUUGGAAGAAUGAAUGUUCCUCUUUACCUUCUGACCGUCGCUCACUUGAUUUGCGCCGCCGCCGGAGCAGAGCACGUCUCUUUGGAGCGCCAACUUCUGGAGGAGGGGAUCCGUUCGGGACGCAGGACUUGCAGGCUCUACUGUAGGGUUGGCAUCGGCUUCCAUCUCCAGAUUCAUCCCGACGGCAGAGUCAACGGCAGCCAUGAGCCCAACCAGCUGAGUGUCCUGGAGCUCUUCGCGGUUUCUCAGGGGGUCAUCGGCAUCAAAGGGGUCUACAGUAACAGAUUCCUGGCCAUGAAUAAAAGAGGACGGCUCUACGCCACUGAGUGGUUCACAGAUGACUGCAAGUUCAGGGAACGUUUCCAGGAGAACAGCUACAACACUUACGCCUCAAUCAUCCACAGGAACCACAGGACUGGUCGCGAGUGGUUUGUGGCCCUCAAUAAGAGAGGGAAAGCCAAAAUGGGCUCCAGCCCGCGGGUCAAAUCCCAACAUGUCUCCACACACUUCUUGCCCAGGGUCAGCCUGCACGACAAGAGCGAGCGAGGCUUCACCAUCACAGACAGGAGCAAAGAGAGGAGGAAAACCCUGCCGCCGCCUCCACCAAAACCUCCUGUGGCGAAGGCCGUCCACGCAGGGACAGCACCGAGACGUACGCAAGUCAAGUACUGGCCCAAGUAUCGGUUUGGAUAGACGUCAUGGGGUUUGGCUCUAUCUGGGGGACACAGAGAUCACAGACUUAUAAGUGAUGGACGUGCCCAAAAACCUGUCAAGGGUCAUUGUUGACAUUCAAAGCAUUCCGGGUAUCUAUGACAUGUGUGACAAACCUCAAAGGGCUGCCAGGUACAACUACUGAACUUCUCUUUGCUGAAGCUAUGAUCAUAGUUGGGAGUUUCCAUCUGAGCUGAUGAUGCUCUGUCCUGUUUUAUGUUCUCAUACGUGUACAUGUUGAACUUCAGCAGCGCCAAAGGCUGAGAAAAUGUCCCCUUAAAUCAGAUGCUGUUAAAGCUGAAAUCCAUAACUUUACACAUCCCAGCUGACACUGGGAGAGAGGCAGGGUUCACCCUGGACAGGUCACCAGACUAUCACAGGGCUGACACAUAGAGACAGACAACCAUUCACACUCACAUUCACACCUACGGACAAUUUAGAGUCACCAAUUAACUUGCAUGUCUUUGGACUGUGGGAGGAAGCUGGAGUACCCGAGGAAACCCACACUGACAUGGGGAGAACAUGCAAACCCCACACAGUAGUGUCCCCUGCCCCGGGGUUCAAGCCCCCCCACCCCAAUUCCAAAUCGGGAACCCUCUUGCUGUGAGGCAGCAAUGCUAACACCUACGCCACCAUGCCACCCGUGACAAAGUAAUAAUAAUGCUAAAUGUACGCUUUUCCCUAAGCAGAAGACAAACAUCAUACCUUUGGAUGAGGGUGACAAUUACUUAUUUUCCUUUUCAUAAUCAAUAAGUAAUUAAUAGACUAGAGAGUAACACAGGAUUUACAUUCCUGUCCCACCUUGCUCCCCAAAAAAACUCCUGUCCCGUCUCAAUCCCAUGACGGGGUUAAA